AUCCACUUUAUUAUGUAUUUAGCAUAUUGACUGUAAUGUAUAAUUUACAUGCUGCCCGAAAAGGGUGUUUUAUGUAAUAAAAUCUAUCUAUUGGCGCUACUGCAUUUUCGUACACCUAGCAUAGCCUUUCCCGUUGUCGUUAAUUGAUAUUGAAGGAAUGAAGGAGAUUGUAGGCCCUUAUAGGUUUACAGUAACCGGGCCUUAGUUUAGACCUGAACUAGUAGGCCCUCUACAGCCAUUUAUCACCCAUAUUUUUAGAUAUUUUUACUUUAGGACUCUAGGCUACUUAUAUUGACUUUCGAAUUCCGAAGAUUUUUUUGUUUUGUUUUGUGUUUGUCCAAUCCCAUUGCAACUGUGUAUAAAAGUCACCCGGUAAAUAACCCCAUUCCAGCUUGUUCGAACCAUAUUGGGUGGUAGUUCCUAAAGGAACUAAUUGGGGAGCCACCUAGCAGUAAUAUGUUGGUUUAAACACCUGAAUAUCCCAUGUUGGAUCAUGGUGUUGUCAGAGAAAGGUCAUCAUGAUUUUUCUAUGUGGCAUAACAGUAGUGCUGAGUAUUGCCACUGCAGUCAUGAUACGAUACAUAUUGGGAUUCAGGUACUAUGAUACAAUUCGUAAGCUUAUCCCAAUUCAUAAUCAGGUCAAUAUUUAACAAGAAAACAAGAGGAUAAAUGAAUAAUUGAUAUAAUAUUCAGUCCCUACUGAUCUCGACGAAAUAAGACUGUUUUAUAUCACGAUAAAUGUGGAUUGAAAUAAGGACCAAAACCAUUUAAGAUUGUUUGUGUACCUAUGGAUAAUGUGUGACGUGAAUGGACUAGCACAGAACCAAAAACAGGAAUAACAGAUGAACAGUGCAAAACACAGACAAGGUCUUGAAUUAUCCAGAAUAUGAUAAUUUUCCAUAUGGUUAUACUUACAUGUUAUACUAAUAUACUAGUGAAAAAUGAAUGAAUUAUUGAAGCUUUAGCAGCUAUCACCAGCCAACAAGCACUAAGCACAUGUAGAUCAAAUCAGUAAUUUUCAAAUAAUUAUAUUCAAGGCAAUGUUGCACAAAGCACAAGUAAAACCCACAACUUCUAAUUAGCUAUUAGGCCACAUCAGACUUCAGACUUGAAACAAAAAUGGAUUAUGCUUUCUUAGACGCGGUUACCAAUACCUCAGAUGAGAGUGAUGAGGAGACAUCAGAAAAUAAGAAGUUGUUCUUUAUGGCCUCAGCUCUGGGGCAUAUCAAUCGUCUUAAAGAAUAUUUGGAUGAUGGGAUAGAUAUUGAAACAAAAGAUUAUGUAUUUGGAGAAACAAUAUUUAUUCGAGCUUGCAGACAUGACCAUGUUGACAUAUUGGAAUUUGCACAUUGUAGAGAUGCCAAUGUGAAUGCUGCUUCAAAUAGUGGAGAAACAGCUCUACACGUUGCCACCAUGAACUCCAGUUACUUAUGUUUGAAAUAUCUUCUUAGUAUACCCCAAGUUGAAAUAGACUUUCGAGAUAAACUUGGACAAACUCCAUUGAUGGUAGCAGCAUUUAAAAGUAGCGUACAGUGUGUGGAGCUGCUGCUCUCUGCCGACUGUGAUGCCAAUCUACAAGACUGUCAUGGACGAACAGCAUUACACCGGGCGUUAGAUCCUUAUGAUAACUUUUUAGGGAAACAAAAUGCCUGCCUGUGUGUUGAGUUAUUAACUGAAACAGACUGUGAUAUUAAUCAUACAGAUUUAAAUGGAGACACUCCAUUACAUAUGGCAAUAAAGAAGUAUAACUGGAAAGCAGUAAAAUGGUUGAUAUCAGAAAACUGUGAUAUUGACAAGCAAAUGCGCAGUGAUAAAGAUCUGGCCAUUUUCUCCCAAACUAAAUUACCGGCGGUUCCAACUUCCCCUUUCCUUCUAGCGCUCAAUUUUCUCAAUGGACGAUUUAUUAAAUAUUUAAUAUUAUGUGGUUGUUCAUAUUAUGAAUAUGCACACUUUAUUACUUACUGUGAUAAAAAUGCCGUUAUUUAUGAAUUUUUAGAAAAUGCAUUCAGUUCACCCAGAAGCCUAAAAGAAAACUGUAGAAAGGUUAUUAGAAAAAGUCUUGGGAGGCCGAUCUAUGAUAAAAUUCAUUCCUUACACAUACCUGAAAUCUUGCGAGACUUUUUGCUUUUGAAAGAUUUGAAUAUUGACUGACUUUAUCAUAUUAGCUGAACCUCUAUGAUUGAUGUGAAAACAAAACAAACUAUUAAAUUGGGUUGUUCUGAUAUGUUAUUUAAACGAGUGCUUGUAAAAUUAAAAAUCUCUUGUUUUAAGUAUAAUGUUUAAAGUUUAUUACAUUCAUAUUCAUAUAAGGGAGAUAAUCAAAUUCAGGGAUAAAUCAGAAUCCUCUUGUCAAUAUAUCCUUAAUUAAAUAGUAAAGGCACGAAACAAAAAUGAAAUGAAAUGGGGUUUAAUAUCCUACUGUUCUGCCCCGACUGGUCUAUGGAAGACGGACAUAUGCCAUACAGUGUGCUAUGAGAGAAAUUUUACUCAGACAGCAGCACUAUGGCCAUUCGUAUGACUAGACAGCUGUUUUUUUUCAGACCCUCCGUCCUUCACCACUGACAAGCGGAAACCUUGAUGAAAAAUCAUGAUGAACUUUAUCAUCCAAUGCAGGGGUCUUAGCCACUGUGGCUCUGGUAAGAAACAAAGAUUCUAUACCAUGCCUAUUUUUCUUUCUUUUACUCCAAUAGCAACUCUUUAUUAUGGCCAUCAUAAUAUAUAUUUUGUAACAAGGCUGUUUCUGCCAUAAAAUAUAUGUUGAAGUGAUGAAAUAAUUAAAUUUUUUUUUAUUUUUAACAGAUCUGGACAUUGGUCCUCUUUUCAAAUAACUGUUGAUUUCAGUGGAUGAAAGUGCUUUACUAUCUGUCAACAGGACGCAAUACUCACUAUAUUAUUACAUAAUCAUGUCUACCAUUUUGUUAAUGAAUACCAUAGACUUAACUGUCUAAUAAUAACGUUGAGUGGUGUAUAUUACGACCUGUUGACAGAAUGUAUUGGCCCUGUCUAUGUCACAACCAUAAUGACUAUGGUAUAUCUUUUGCAUAAUGUUGGGUUUCGCCAUCCAGAUUUGGUCAAUUGGGUGAUGCUUGUCGAGAUUUGUUCAAAUAAAGUUACUUGGUCCGAAUUUAGUUGUUUUCAACCUUUUUCCCUUAACCAACAAAAUUGAUAGUUAUGUUGCCUGGGUUGUGUUUAUUCAGAUUUGUGCCGGGCAGAGGCAUCUUAAUUGAGAAAAUUUAUGUAUUUGUGACUUCUUGUAAACUACUUGAUGACUUUCAACAAUAUUUGGCAGGUAUGUUUGUCCUGAUUUGUUCUAAUAAAGUUCCUUGGCCCCAGAGGGUCAGUGCAAGGCACUUGUAGAGUUAACUUCUUUAGAAAUUCAUUUACAUGUAGAUUGCUUUGCCAGGAUAUUUAAAAUUGCCGUAUGUUGUGGGCAUUUGUAUUCUGUGAAACUUUCAUUGCCACCAUUCUUUUUAUCAAUGGGUGAUUAAAACCAUCCACACUCUUGUUUAAAUGAAAUAUAUUUUUUCUGUAUAUUAAAUAAAUACAAUUUAUCUGUGAAUUAAAUAAAUAUAAUUUAUCUGUAAAUUAAAUAAAUAUAAUUUAUCUGUAAAUUAAAUAAAUAUAAUUAAAUAAA